AUGCCGGCUGGAAUCCCCAAGAAGACCGCCAGCAGCCGUAGAACAGCCCGCGCGGCGCCGCCACCUGCUUCCCCCUCGUCUGGCUCGCCCUCAGAAGACGAGUUCGACGAUUCAGAGGAGGAUGAGUGGGCGGCAGAGCGGCAGGCGGGGCCGAGUCGACCGGCUUUCCAGCAGGAUGACGAAGACAUGUACGGUGACGAGAUGGAAGAAGACGAGGAUGGCGUUGCGGCGUACGAGAGCGAUCAAGGCGAGCGGAUGGAGGAGGAUGACGACCCCGAGGAAGCGAUUGGAAAGGAGCUCGCCUCGAUUCCUUUCACAUCGCUGCUCAAGGCGCAGAAGCAGCUCAACAAGGGGAAGCAGAAGGGCAAAGGGAAGGAGCGGGCGACGGAAGACGAGGGCGAUGUGCGGCGCACGGGCAAGAAGGGCGGCAAGGGUGGAAAGGGCAAGAUGCGCGAGGAUGACCAUCACAGGUCGAACAAGCACGCACCGACGGAAAUGAGCACCAAGAAGCCUGUCAGCCGUGUCCGCCAAGUCGUUGAGACACACGAGCUCAAGGCGCGCGACCCUCGCUUCGACCCCCUCUCCGGCUCCGUCAACAAGCACUUCUUCAAAAAGUCGUACUCGUUCCUCGCCGACCAGCAGAAAGCGGAACUUGAGACGAUGCGCAAGACGGCUGCUGCAGCGCGGAAGAACAGGGCCUUGCCGCAGGAAGAGAAGGACAAGAUUGAGGAGGCGCUGAAGCGGAUGGAGAACCGAGAGGUGACGAGGCGAAACAAGGAGCGCGAGGAAGAGGCGUUGCAGCAGUGGAAGAAGGGCGAGGCCGACAAGCGCAAGGAGGGCAAGCGGGCAUUCUACCUCAAGGACACCGAGAAGAAGAAGCUCUUCCUCAAGGCCAAGUUCGACGAGCUCGCGCAGGACAAGCGGAAGCUGCACAAGGCGAUAGACAAGAAGCGGCGGAAGACGGCACAGAAGGAGAAGAAGCUCAUGCCGAAGACGCGGCCUGGGGCAGGCUUCUGA